CCUCCCGGACUGGGGAGUGCAGCGCGGGGCGGGGACUCGCAGAGAGGAGAACAGCGCAUCAACCCCAGCGGGAGGCGCGCAGGUCUCGGGAUGCGGAAGGCGGGCAGGCGCCGCGCUCCUCUCCGCCCCCACGAGCAAGACGGUCACGUGCAGCGGAGGGGCUGACCUCCGCGGGCGGGCCUGGGAGGGGCGCCGCGCAGGUGGUUCAGGGUCGCCCGAGGCUAGGCGCGAGGCGGGCGCUUGCGCAGCGCGGGGCGGAGUGCGAGCCGGGGCCGGAACCGCCGCGGGUCGGGAAGGGCGGGGAGGAGCCUGGGAGCGCGCCGGCCGCCGCAUGGGGAGGGGCGGGGCGGAGCCGCGGCGCGCGCGCCCGUCGGAGGGGGCGGGACAGAGCAGCCAUUGGGCGCGCUCAGGUUGGCCGCUGGGAGCGUGGGGCGAGCGUGGACCGCGGCGCGGCGGUGCGAUUCUUUUCCCGGCCCUUCUCCCCGCCCCAGGCGAGGGCACCGUGUGGCGGCGGCGGCGGCGGGGCCAGCGAGGCCGGAGGCGGCGGCUGUGCCCGGGCAUGGUGGUCUGGGGCAACGCGGAAGGUGGAGGAGUUACUGAUGGCCAUGGAGAAGGUAAAACAAGAGCUGGAGUCCAUGAAGGCGACGCUGUCCUGCACUCAGCAGUCACUGGCAGAGAAGGAAACUCAUUUGACCAACCUUCGGGCCGAGAGAAGAAAACACUUAGAGGAAGUUCUGGAGAUGAACACAUGCAAAUGACAGUCCAGGCUCUCCAGGAUGAAUUGCGGAUCCAGAGGGACCUGAACCAGCUGUUUGAACAGGAUAGUAACAGUAGGACUGGUGAGCCUUGCGUGGCAGAGCUGACGGAGGAGAACUUUCAGAGGCUGCACACUGAGCAUGAGCGGCAGGCCAAGGAGCUGUUCCUCCUUCGAAAGACUCUGGAGGAGAUGGAGCUGCGGAUUGAGACUCAGAAGCAAACCCUGAACGCUCGGGACGAAUACAAGAAGCUUCUGGAGAUGUUGCAGAGCAAGGGGCUUUCUGCUAAGGCUACUGAGGAGGACCAUGAGAGAACAAGGAGACUGGCAGAGGCAGAGAUGCAUGUCCACCACCUCAAAAGCCUUUUGGAGCAGAAGGAAAAAGAGAACACUCUGUUGAGAGAGGAGAUGCAUCGGAGAUUUGAGAAUGCCCCUGAUUCUGCCAAAACUAAAGCUCUGCAAACUGUUAUCGAAAUGAAGGAUUCAAAAAUUUCCUCUAUGGAGCGUGGGCUCCGAGACUUGGAAGAGGAGAUUCAGAUGCUGAAAUCGAACGGGGCUUUGAGUACUGAAGAACGAGAGGAAGAAAUGAGGCAAAUGGAGGUCUAUCGGAGCCAUUCUAAAUUUAUGAAAAACAAGGUCAUGAUUGGUCAGGUGAAGCAGGAGCUGUCCAGAAAGGACACAGAACUACUAGCCCUACAGACAAAGCUAGAAACACUCACCAACCAGUUCUCAGACAGCAAGCAACACACUGAAGUGCUGAAGGAGUCCUUGACUGCUAAGGAGCCUCGAGGGCUGCCAUCCUGCAGAACGAGAAAGAAGGUCACAGGCCAAUAAGCCAGAGACAAACAGGCCCAGUUACCGGGUCGGGCCGCCUGACGCCAGAUGUGACUGUUUUGAAAUAAUGCAAGAAGAAGAAAAAUGCAAGACCUUCAUGACUUCGAUCCUUAUCAUACACCCCCGGACUUUGAGCCCCACCUAUAAGAUCUCCUCUGAUUCCUCGGGAAGUGAGGGCACAGUUCUUGAGGCACUAGCCUGCUGUGGUUUCCCCUUUGCCUGGCAAAGAAUUAAAAGCUAUCUUUCUUUUCCUCCAAAAA